AUGGAAAUGAUGGAGAAGAUUACCCUGCGGGAUCCGGAACAGCAAGACGUCAGGGUGGCUCCCACAAGCGUGCCUACGAGCGUGAAGAAUGACCAAGGCAUCCUGGAAGACUUUGUGCGUCACAGUUCGUUUCCGAUCGCCCGGCAUAUGUUGCGGUCGGAUUUGCGAGCCUCACUGAAGCUGUUCUGGCUCAUCGUGCUCGUGUGUUUGGUGGGUUUGUUCGGCUUCACGGCGGUUGUGAAUUUUGAACGACUCCAGGACACCUCAAACGUGUACAUUGCGGAAGCCGAGAAGGCACUGCCUAUCUGGAGUGUUCCAUUUCCCGCGGUGACGUUGUGCCCUCAGAAAAGUCGGUGCGUUAGUGAGCAACCGUUGCGUUUGGAGCAGUUUUGUGAGACAGUCUGCUGGCAGGACGUGUGCACGAACGAGUGUGAUUCGCUGCUCGACGCAGUUCGAACGGAACGCGGUAUCUGCUACACCUUUAACGCGGUGGCUGGAGAGCAGAUCUUCAAUGUAAACAACCUGGUCAACGUGAGCGAUCUCUCGAACGUUACUCGUCCGACAGAGAACUGGGACUUCUUGAGAGGGUUGAGAAUCAUCACAAGCGUGCUGGUGAAACAGUAUCCUCGUGCGGCACAAGACAUCUCAGGACGCUAUCGGCUCAGAAUCACCAUCUCCAACGAGCACUGGAAUGAUACCACGUCCGAGUGUGCAGUUCGUUCGCUAGAGGUUUUCGUGCACUCACCGAUCGACUUCCCGUACAAACCCAUCGAGUCUACAACGAUCCCCGGCAGCUCAAUAGUUCAGUUGCGGGUGUUUCCCAAAAUGGUGCGAUCACAACGCUACCUGCGAUACUUCGGUCCCUCAACAACGGGUUGUAUAUCGCAGGUCCAGAACCCACUCAAACUUUUCUCACUGUACUCGCAGAGCAAUUGUGAGCUGGAAUGCCAUGCGACGUACUUCCUCGAGCGGCGUGGUUGUGUACUAGAGCACAUGCCACGUGGCCACGAGACGAGUCUUUGCAACGCAAGUACCAACUACCGACCAUACGACGUACUCGAUAAGAACGUUAUGGCGCAGCUGAGAGCAGAAAACAUUCCCAGGUCGCAGUUUUUCCGACGACUGUGUAACUGCUUGCCGGCAUGUGUGGAGUUCCGGUAUCGAGCUGAAGCUAGCACGCACACCGUUGCGAUGAUGGAGUCAUGGCCCGAGAUGGAGAUGAACGAAACGGAGUCUUUAGCCUCACAAGUUGAGGUAGAGUUCGCCGAGGAUCAUUUCUACCCUCUAGUGCGAAGCGUUCGAUAUGGGGUGUUGGAUUUUCUGGCCGAUUCCGGUGGACUGAUCGCACUGUUUUUAGGCGUCUCCAUCGUGUCGCUGUUGGAGGUGGUCUUUUUCUGCUUUCUCAAACCAGCCGUUGUGAGGUAG